CUGACAUUCUGGAACUUCCUGCGUUGCAUUGAAAUAUUCGGACGAGCAAUAGGAAUAGCUAAGUACUCUAGUAGUUGGCUGUGAUAGAGAAACUAACUGAAAAACGAAUCCGUUGAUGGUUAUUUUGCUAGAUUGGCGAGCAGCUUCCCUUUAGGCGAUGUUUCGAGUCCGACAUGCAUGUAUCCUACAAAAUUCAAGUUUUUUUUUGGUGAGCACUCGCAGUGAGUAGGAGGAAAACGAUUCAUCGAAAGAUUCAGAGGAUUUCUACUUGAGAGGAUGUUGAUUUUAUACAUAGUGAAGGCCACGAUAGAGUACAGUGGAAUUAGUAUGAAAAGACUUCGUAGGAGAUCUAGAUUUUAACGAUUUAUGAGACGACAAUUUUUAGAAAGAACCAGGAUGACAACAAGUAUUCUACAUCAUACAAUCUGAGUCUUGAGUAUUGCAAGCUUCGUCAAAAUAACUUAGUGAGUUUGUGACUUCAAUCAUUGUAUCAUUGUUACCAAAGUCGAAAAAAACUGUCACCACGCGUAAUCAUCAUGAUGAAGAGGGUUGCUUUGCGGCUGUGUAUUGGUUUGGGCUUGCUUGCUAGCCCUUGCUCAGCCGCGGCCACCGUUUUUAGAGCAUAUUAUAGGCAUAGUGGCGAACUUGUGGGCGAUUACCACAUGCCAUCGACAGUGCCUGUAGGUUCCGGUAAAGGUGGAAAGCAGAAUGGCUUCACUGACAUCGAUGUGGAAACUCUUACAGGGGAGACGCAUCAUCAAGAUCAAGACAAAACUACUAGUAAGGCGCACGGAGGUGCUACGGAUCGUCUUUUCGUCGAUACCGACCUAGGGGUAGCGCAACAAGGAGAGCAACGAUUAAAGACAGUGAAAGACUUGAUAGGGUAUCUGUUGCCGACGUAUAAAGGCUUCGAAAGCGGUGUAAAGCUAGUGCUCGUCUGGUCCAUGUCACGCGGAGUCGCCCAUAGAAGAACUGAUGUAAAAAGUGUUCACCAAGAUAAUGCGGAGAAAGAUACCAGAGAAGAGUCCGCCUCCCCCAGCAGGCCACGAUCACCGCUCUUACCUUGCGCCGACGAGUCAGAUAGAGAUACGCAACAGCUUCUUAGCACCAUUGGAAGCGGAGAAGGAGAACAACUUCCCAAGACGAGAACAUUAACUACAAGUAGUAGCACGGCUUCCGUUUCCUCUAGUGGUCUGCUACGACAGCCGUCCGAGACUUCAGAUAAUUCCUUUCCCAGCUUGACCUUCCCUCAUCUUCAUAGGAUCGCAUCUUUCGGAGCUUCAACAAUAUGCUCCGGCUCUCCCAGAAACGCUGGCUCGAGGAAAGAAUCUGGUGGUACGGAUGAGGCUAUGGAUGAAGGUAUGGAGCAGGAGCAGGAGGAGGACGGACAAAGGGAAGCAUUGGGCACUGCAUCUCCGCACGAUGAAGCCACUUCUGUGCCUGCACGAGGUUUUCUACAUCUUCCACUUCCUGUCCGACAGCACCAGGAUAACCAGACUCCCCUGCCUGCUUCGUCCACCGAACAACCAGUAGCUGCUUUAGCGAGCAAGGUUGCCAGCCUUCGACUCGAAGAGAACGAUGGAGUUGACAAAUCUACACGCACAGGAGUUCGAGCUCUCAAGGUUGACGAUUGUGGUCAAAACCAAGAAGGCAUGGAAGCAGCUCUACCUCCUACCGUCGCCAACCUGCGCAUUGGUGAGCCUUUGCUUCUUCACACCCUACUCUCAGACAUUCAGGCAGCUGUACAUCACAUGCAUGAAAAGGAUCGGGAUGGUGGUAACCCGCAACCUAUCCCUAACCCUAAUACAGGUCGUGCUUCACGGGUUUCGUCAUGUUCUGUUUCCUCUACUGUUUGUGGCACAACAACAGGAACUCGUGGCCUUAGUCCAGCAUCAAAUGCAGCAGCCGGACCAGGGAAUCAUUACAGCUUCUUCGAUAGUAAACCACGAAAUGCGCAAGCGCAUCAUGACGAAAAAGAUGUAAUCUCAUUUCAUUUGACUAUCUGUGAAACGCCAGAAGCCAUGCGUGAUGCUCGGCAAAGGGCUUUUCAGGUUUUGGAGAACACUGCUCCAUUCUUGCCUCCGGCUCACCGCUUCCAGGGUAUGUUUCUUUUUGGUCCCGACGGCCGUCGAACAUUCGACGGACCUCCAUUUUCGAGGGUCAGGUAUGAGCAAGUUGCGACUUUGUUAGCGCAGAAUCGCGCACGCUCAGUACUACUAGGAGUGCAGAUUCAUGCCAUGGCAGAGAGAAGCGGUCUGCCAAUCGGCCAGUGGCCGCUCUUGCUGCGUGACAUUUUCUUCUUAAGGCUUCUUUGACACUAAAUAGAAUUAUUGGUGACCAGUACUAAAGCCUAACAUUAUUCGCAAAUAGCUGAAAUUAUGGAACGGAGACUUAUAGAUACAUAGAAGAUAGCAGAAGCGGCAUUAGCUCGACAGAUGAACAACAAUUAUAUCUAGAAGCAGAUAUUGCAAAUUAUGCGAAGUUCUUAAGAAUUCUAAUCGAUGAUGGUGGAGAUGCUGAUCGUAACGAGGAUAUGAAGCUAGUAGAACAGGAGGAGCAAACUGCUGUUGCUGGUAAUCAAGGUGAUGGAGGAAAUAGAGGGACCCCAUCCCCGCCCAGUGCCCUGCCUCCCGCACUACGAGAUCGGCAACUCGUCUAUGAUCUCGUUUCUGAAAUUUCCGGCUGGACGUUACUUCAUGCUAAGUUCAAGAUGAACCCAAGAGGACAAAAGAUAAGAAAUUCACGUGAGGCUGCAGCUUUACAUCCAGAACAAGCAGAUGAUCACGAACCAAUGCCCUACGCUGAUGAUUACGAGAUCAUCAAGGCAGCAGCGAGAUCGUCCCCCUUUGUUUAAGGCUUUCCCCGCUAAUCCAUGAUCUCUGAAACCUCUUGUUAGGUAAAUGAAUGAGUGAUUGAGUGACGAAGCAGCUUUCAUAUCUAGGACUGUCCCAUACCCAUACGUGGGAAGCGGCUUCAAGAUGCAUCUCAAGAUGGAUGAUCAUGAUUAGGCUGAGCUCUAACUUGUGCUUCAAUAUGCCAGCCCUCGCCUUCGACAAGACAAAUCUUUGGCCUUACAGGUCAUUGAAGGAGCUCGUGAUGGCGACGUGAUAGAACGCAUUAGUCCAGAUCUCUUAGCAGAUUUAUGGACGAUGUAGUAUGAAUCAGAUGAUUCAGUUUUAGAAGUAGUAGUUAUAAUGAGAUUGUCCUCAUGAUAGACAUAGUACCGAAAAUAUCUGUCUUCAGAUCGCGAGAUACUAUAGAGUAUGAGUGUCGAAACUUGCCGAAAAAUUCCCUUUUUCCUUUGUUUUGUGAGGUGUUUACACAUUUCUUCAACAGGCUUUGUAACAUUCAGACCACUGCAGAUUUUUCUGCUUUUCAUACAUGCCAGAUGUGGUGAUGCAGGCGAUUACGAAGCGACCACUUCCCUACACCACUCCCGGACUCAGAGAGUGGAAGUCAUCAACGGCAGCAAAUUACGAUUUUGACGUGAUCACUCCACCUCCGUCUGCUACAGCUAGUACCUUGUCUUCUGAGCAGCCUGUAGUUGCUCGGGUAGCACGUACAUCAAGAGCAUCGACAUCAACAGAAACUUCAACGAGUAUGAGUAACACAGCCAGCUCUUAUAGGUCUCGUCUUUCGAUUCCAAAACUGCGUUUGGACGAUUUACCCAGAUGGGUCUGCAGUGACGGUGAGGUCCAGAAGUACGCCUUGAAGACAGGGAUAGGAAGGUCACCUAACUCCAACAUAGAGGAGGAAGAAGAAAACGACCCAGAUUAUUGCAGCUCGACGUCUGGCGGAUCUACUGGCUCGCUUUCUCCAUGUAGACGUACUACAACAAGCAGAACCUCUGCUUCUCCGGCUCAUGAUAGUAGUUCUUGUGCUCAAGACGGCUUUAAUGUGCUUACGCGAUGUGAUCAAGUCACUGCUGAUGGUGAAGGGCCUCUUCAACAGCGGAAUCCAAUGCGUACAACUGUUCUAUCUUACCCAGCAUCACUGCAAGGAGACCAAGUUCCAGUAGUACGUGUAAAUAAGUCCACUAAUAUUUCUUCUAAGACACUGCAACUAGCACAACAUGCACAAUGUUCAAACGAACGACAUCAACAAGAUAAAAUUGUGACAUCAAGAACACCGACGGAAUCGCGUGUGAGGUAUCGCUUGCUCCCGAGAGAGGAUCCCCAGACCUCGCAUGCUUUUUCUGAGGAAGAAGGCGCUCGUGGUCGAACGACAUGGGAGAAGUAUCACUAUAGGAUGGCAGACACUGAUGUCCACAUUGCCCGCAUUGAAGAGAGAACUCGUCUACGAGAGCGACCCUGUAAAAGUACGCUUAAGGAAGACAGGAGAAGACUGGAAGUAAAGUCAGAGUCUGACUCAAGCGACUCAGUACUAUCUCAUGAACAAAAAGCGUGCGAGGAUAUGGAAGUGCUUGACCAGCAAAUUACCACGGCAUCAGUACCUCGACAGUCAUGUGGAAACGCAUAUAAACGUUUAAGGGAAUUUGCAGGACUAUCAUUGAGGCAAGAUCGGGAUAUGAUACUAAUUGCAGCACAGUUGGACGAAACGCUACCAACUUUGCGACACGCAACUGAAGUGGUGGAGUACCUUGCUCUCCCGGAACCGCUGACUCACGAUGCCGAACUGAUCUUGCAACUGAUAAUUAUGGCUUUCUAUUUCUUAGACAGUGGAAAAUGUUAUCUCAAAAUAUGUUCUUGUGGCAAAGGCAAUCAUUUGCCACAAGUACAAUCAUAAAGAGUUCGAGACCACAAUCAUUUGCCACAAGCUCAUCAAAGAACAUCAGAUCUCACACUUCUUAAGUACUCCUCUUGUUUCUUCUAUUCGUCCACUACGAACCUGCCAAACGUGAACGUCCGAGCACACUCUGAGGUCAUGUCUCUAAUCCCCGACUUGUGAAUCCUGCGAUUUUUCACACGGCAAGCAAUCAACUGCAGCAAAAUGAGGACUUCGCACUCAAAGCGGUGCAAGCGAACUCGCACGUGGUUCAUUGGUUGCCAAUCACAUUGCGACUCUCCUCAACAUUCAAGAAGAGGGCCCUGAGCUUAGACGCCUCCCUUAUUCACGCCCUUAAGUGA